UGCCACCCCUAAGGAGGCGGGCAGCGGCGCUUCUCAUUCAUUGUCUUGACAAGAGCAUCCUCAGCGGGCAGCCUCUGGCUCCGCCAGCGCCUUCCUCCUCCUCUUCCUCCUCCUCCUCUCCCUCCUCUAUCCGGGGGGUCCCUCCUCUCUCAGCGGCAGGAUGAGCCGGCAGGUGGUCCGCUCCAGCAAGUUCCGCCAUGUGUUUGGACAACCAGCCAAGGCUGACCAGUGCUAUGAGGAUGUGCGUGUCUCACAGACCACCUGGGACAGUGGCUUCUGUGCUGUCAACCCCAAGUUCAUGGCCCUGAUCUGCGAGGCCAGUGGCGGAGGGGCCUUCCUGGUGCUGCCCCUGGGCAAGACUGGACGUGUGGACAAGAAUGCACCCACGGUCUGUGGACACACAGCCCCCGUGCUGGACAUUGCCUGGUGCCCGCACAAUGAUAACGUCAUUGCCAGUGGCUCCGAGGACUGCACAGUCAUGGUGUGGGAGAUCCCUGAUGGGGGCCUGACACUGCCCCUGCGGGAGCCUGUCGUCACCCUGGAGGGCCACACCAAACGCGUGGGCAUCGUAGCCUGGCACCCCACAGCCCAGAAUGUGCUGCUCAGUGCAGGUUGUGACAACGUGAUCCUGGUGUGGGACGUGGGCACCGGUGCAGCUGUGCUGACGCUGGGCUCCGAUGUGCAUCCGGACACAAUCUACAGCGUGGACUGGAGCCGAGAUGGCGCUCUCAUCUGUACCUCCUGCCGCGACAAGCGCGUGCGCAUCAUCGAGCCCCGCAAAGGCACUGUUGUGGCUGAGAAGGACCGUCCCCAUGAGGGGACCCGGCCUGUGCGUGCUGUCUUUGUAUCUGAUGGAAAGAUCCUGACCACCGGCUUCAGCCGCAUGAGCGAGCGGCAGGUGGCGCUCUGGGACACGAAGCACCUGGAAGAGCCACUGUCCCUGCAGGAACUGGACACGAGCAGCGGCGUCCUGCUGCCCUUCUUUGACCCUGACACCAACAUAGUCUACCUCUGUGGCAAGGGAGACAGCUCUAUCCGGUACUUCGAGAUCACUUCCGAAGCCCCAUUCCUGCACUAUCUCUCCAUGUUCAGUUCCAAGGAGUCCCAGCGGGGCAUGGGCUAUAUGCCCAAGCGUGGCCUGGAGGUGAACAAGUGUGAGAUUGCCAGAUUCUACAAGCUGCAUGAGCGGAGGUGCGAGCCCAUUGCCAUGACCGUGCCUAGAAAGUCGGACCUGUUCCAGGAGGACCUUUACCCACCCACCGCUGGGCCUGAUGCUGCCCUCACGGCUGAGGAGUGGCUGGGGGGCCGAGAUGCUGGGCCCCUCCUCAUUUCCCUCAAGGAUGGCUACGUGCCCCCAAAGAGCCGGGAGCUGAGGGUCAACCGAGGCCUGGAUACCGGGCGCAGGAGGAUAGUGCCAGAGGCCAGUGGGACCCCCAGCUCGGAUGCCAUAUCCCGCCUGGAGGAGGAGAUGAGGAAGCUCCAAGCCACAGUGCAGGAGCUACAGAAGCGCUUGGAUAGGCUGGAGGAGACAGUCCAGGCCAAGUAGAGGACCCUAGGGCCUCAGCUGGGGCCACGGUAUCACCUCCCUCCCUCCAUUCACACCCUUCUCCUCAGGCCACAAUGGAGAUACAAAAUAAUAAUAAAAUGGCUUUAUUUUCUGGUA